AUGACUUCGACUGCAGCUGACCAUCCAGAGGGAGUGGACGAGACCAUCCUGACUCUUCGCAAAGUUCUCGUCAACGAGUCUGAGCCGCUUGCUCGCCGAUUCCGCGCCCUUUUCUCCCUUAAGUACGUUGCCUGCUUGCAACCGCCCACUGAGAAGACGCUCCCUGCAAUCCAGGCCAUCGCAGCAGGGUUCACGUCGUCCUCAGCUUUGCUGAAGCAUGAACUCGCAUAUUGCUUGGGCCAAACCCGGAAUCUAGACGCUGUGUCUUACCUACUGGAAGUGGUGAAGAACAAGGAACAAGAUGCAAUGUGUCGCCAUGAAGCCGCAGAGGGCCUCGGUGCUCUGGGGUUCGAUAGUAGUCUAGACGUCCUGAAGGCUCUUCGGGACGAUAAGAACGAAGAGGAUGUCAUUCGAGAGACAUGCGACAUCGCCGUCGACAGAAUCCUGUGGGAGAAUUCGGAAGAGAGGAAGAACGAGAAGCUGAAGCCUAGUGAUUUUACCUCGAUUGAUCCAGCUCCACCACUCCCAAUGGCAUCUAGCCAGCCUUCUAUUUCCGACUUGGAAACAACGUUGCUCGACACAAAGCUUCCCUUGUUCCAAAGAUACCGCGCUAUGUUUGCCCUGCGUGACCUUGCCUCACCCCCUGAUCUUCCUACAGCAGUCGAGGCUGUCGAAGCAUUGGCUAAAGGACUCAAGGAUCCCUCCGCUCUCUUCCGCCAUGAAGUUGCUUUUGUGUUCGGUCAGCUCUGCCACCCGGCAUCUGUCCCCAGUCUCACAGAAACCCUCAGCGACCAGGAAGAAAUGGGUAUGGUGCGACACGAAGCUGCCGAGGCUCUUGGUAGCUUGGGUGAUGUUGAAGGCGUGGAAGAUACCCUGAGAAAGUUCUUGAACGACCCAGAGCAGGUGGUGAGAGACAGCAUUAUUGUGGCCCUAGACAUGGCGGAUUUUGAGAAGAACGGAGAGAUGGAGUAUGCGUUGGUGCCGGAUUCAGCAGCGUCAGCUGCUGUAUCUGCUGCUUGA